AUGUUUCCUGUUUGUUUGUUCCUACAGACAGACCGGCAGAAGCAGCUCGGUACGACUGUCAUCAGUAGGUUUGGGGAGAAGGCGGAGCGCAUAUCUGUGCGUAACAUUAACUUGCCUGACUUGAGCUUCGCAUCCAGGAUCAACAAAAGGGCCCAAUUCUCCCUUUUUUUGCCUGAGCAUCGACAGAUUGCUGGCAAGCUAAUACAAAUAUUCUUGGGCAUGAGAAAUCUGGAGGACUUUUGGUCCUGCGCAGCCUACGCCCGCAACCACUUCAACCCGUUCCUCUUCAACUACGCGUACAGCGUUGCGCUGCUUCACCGUGAGGACACGCGCGAGGCACACCUUCCACCUCUCAGCGAGAGCUUUCCAGACAAGUACGUCGACGGCUCCGUCUUCGCCGAAGCCAGGGAGGAGGCGAACACUGUGAUAGACCCGCAGCAGAGGGUUCCGAUCGUGAUCCCAAAAGAUUAUUCAGCCUCCGACCUAGAAGAAGAGCACAAGGUGGCCUACUGGCGCGAAGAUAUUGGACUUAACCUACACCACUGGCACUGGCAUCUGGUUUAUCCAUUCGAGGGGCCAACGGAGAUUGUCAACAAGGACAGGCGUGGCGAGCUGUUCUUCUACGCCCACCAGCAGAUCAUCGCCAGGUACAACUUUGAGCGCUUUUGCAACGGCCUACAACGAGUGAAGCGAUUACUCAAUUUCCGAGAACCCAUCGUAGAGGGUUACUUCCCAAAAUUAGACAGUCUGGUCUCUUCUCGCAAUUGGCCUGCCAGGCCGUCCAACAUUCAACUUUCUGACCUGAACCGUGAGACUGAGGGGAUGAAGAUUGAUAUCCAGAGCCUUGAACGCUGGCGCGAUCGUAUUUACGAGGCCAUACACUCUGGAGUCAUUAUUACGCUUGGUGGACAGCGGAUGAAUCUCACGGAAUUUGAAGGAGUCAACACUCUAGGUGCCCUCAUCGAAGCUACAUCCACUUCACCGAAUAGACCAUUUUAUGGUGACUUGCACAACAUGGGCCAUUUGGUCAUUGCAUUCGCCCAUGAUCCCGAUAACCGACAUCUCGAAAAUUUCGCUAUUAUGGGGGACACGGCUAUCAACAUGAGGGAUCCUGUCUUCUACCGCUGGCACUCGUUUGUCGACGAUAUGUUCCACGAGCACAAGCGUACAUUGCAGCCUUACACCGUGCAGCAGCUCGACUUCCCUGGUAUCCAGAUCAAGGGUGCAGAGGUGAACUCAGAUGGCGCUCGGAGACCCAACGAGUUCCACACCUACUGGCAGCAAAACGACAUGGACCUCUCACGAGGACUGGACUUCUCUCCCAGGGGUCCUAUUUUCGCACGCUUCACUCAUCUCAACCACCGCCCUUUUAGCUACCGGAUUCAGGUGGAAAAUACUGCUGCUGGUCAACGCGAAGGCUACGUCCGAAUUUUCAUGGCACCCAAAAAUGACGAGCGAGGAGUGCCACUACAGUUCCGAGACCAGCGCCUACUCAUGAUUGAGUUGGAUAAGUUCCCCGUGAAACUGAAUCAACGUAACGUCUUGAUUCAACGCCGCUCUUCGGAAUCCUCCGUCACCAUUCCAUUUGAGCGGACGUUCAGAAAUUUAGACCAGAACCGUCCACAGGCAGGCACUGCCGAGGAAGAGCGGUUUAACUUCUGCGGGUGUGGCUGGCCUCAGAACCUUCUCAUCCCAAAGGGCACGGCGCAAGGCAUGGAAGUUCAGCUCUUCAUUAUGAUCACUGACUACACAAAGGACAAGGUUGACCAGCCACCAGCCGGUCAGUGCGGUAAAGCAACCGCAUACUGUGGACUCCGAGGCCAGCGCUACCCUGACAAGAAGCCAAUGGGCUUUCCGUUUGAUCGGCUUGGACGCCAGGGCGUCAACAACUUGCCCUCCUUUCUCACUAAAAAUAUGUUCGUCAAAGAUAUGACGAUACGCUUCGUAGACCGCGUCGAGGGCCCCGGCGGCCGCAACGUAACGACCUUCCAGGCAAGCGGAUAGGAUGCUCAAGGAGCUGAACCUGAAGGACUACUGCUGGAUAGCAGACGCCUUUGCAAGAGAUACCUUCACGGACUGCAAUGGAAACCUACCUGACAUUUAAGCGGUUGGCUUUGUUACGUUCAUUAUGACACGUGAAGAGACUAGCAGAUGUGCUGAUUGACACAUUCUUCUGCUUACUCAACAAUAAAUCGCGUCACUCCCAAAGAGAUCACCGGUAAAAAGUGAAAAGGGUGAAAGUCCAUUGUGGUCUGCCGCUUUAGUAGUCAUUUUCGAACUUCACCACAAAAUCAAAGAUUUUAUUUUAAGAGCAAGAGCCAUGUAAAGUAAGGGUAGUCCUCUUUUAUUCACUUAAUUUUAACAUUUAUUCCGAACCUGGAACCCAUCACUUCAGAUUUUGCUGCUUUUGAUAAAUCCCAAGUUUUGCUAAACAUAC